ACGCACCCGGCCCAACGCGGGAAACGUGUUGGUUCGCUGAGAAACAACAGAAUCAAUUCGCUUCCCUUCAAUUUUACGCGUACAACGAACAGGCUCUACAAAUGUGAAUGGUUUUGUUUUGGAGAGCCGCGUUUUGACCUGAGAACGUUUAUUUUCCGAAGGGUGAUCCGUCGUCCUCCCGCUCUGGCGUUUCCGGACUGUGUGAAGUUAGCCGGGGCAGUUGUUAUUUUCUGUCGGUCCCCGCUUAGCUGCUGCUGCUGGUGUAGCCUCCGCGCGAGCGGCUCUGUUAGCUUCCACACAAAGAGCGAGUUUUAAACAGCUGAACCCCGAAACUCUUCUACAAGAUGGAUGCAUUUCAGAAGGUGGAGAAGAUAGGAGAAGGGACGUAUGGAGUGGUUUACAAAGCCAAGAACAAACUGACCGGAGAAACUGUUGCUCUGAAGAAAAUCCGACUGGACACGGAAACAGAAGGUGUUCCAAGCACGGCCAUCCGRGAAAUUUCACUUCUCAAAGAACUCAGUCAUCCAAAUAUUGUCAAACUACGGGAUGUCAUCCACACAGAAAACAAACUCUACCUUGUUUUUGAGUUCCUCCAUCAGGAUCUGAAAAAGUUCAUGGACUCCUCAUCAGUCACUGGUAUCCCACUGCCUUUGGUUAAGAGUUAUCUCUUCCAGUUGCUGCAAGGCCUGGCCUUCUGCCACUCUCACAGAGUUCUCCAUCGAGAYCUGAAGCCCCAGAACCUCCUGAUCAACGCGCAGGGUGAGAUCAAGCUGGCUGACUUUGGUCUGGCGAGAGCCUUUGGGGUCCCUGUACGCACAUACACACACGAGGUGGUGACACUGUGGUACAGAGCACCAGAGAUCCUCCUGGGCUGCAAAUACUACUCCACAGCUGUGGACAUCUGGAGUCUGGGGUGCAUCUUUGCUGAAAUGAUCACCAGGAGGGCUUUGUUCCCYGGUGACUCUGAGAUAGAUCAGUUGUUUAGAAUCUUCCGCACACUGGGGACUCCUGAUGAGACCGUCUGGCCCGGAGUCACGUCRAUGCCAGACUACAAACCAUCGUUUCCCAAGUGGGCUCAGCAGGAUCUAUCCAAAGUGGUGCCUCUUCUUGAUGAGGAUGGACGAGAACUGCUGGGAGAAAUGCUGUGUUAUGAUCCAAACAAACGGAUUUCUGCCAAGAAUGCUCUUGUACAUCGGUUUUUCCGGGACGUCACCAUGCCAGCUCCUCAACUGAGGCUUUAAUUUGUUCGAAGACGYCAGGGUGUUUAAAUGUCAUUAAUAUCUGAGCAAUAAGGACCACGCUUGCCUCGCUACAGAUCAGAACCUUGGGCAGUCAGAGAACCUGGACACUGCAGGAUCUGUACGAUUCUUCAUUAUCAAAAAGCCUUAAAGAAGCUGGAUGUCCUGAAAGUUGUGUUAUUUCAGGCGUCAUGUUAUAAACGUUCCAAGUGUUGAAGCUGUAAUUUCUAAUUCACRUAUUUAUGUGCAGCUGCCAAACUUCAUCUGUUGUUUGUGAUUUGGGACUCAUUGAGGUCAGUUCAGACCGCCUCCCACUGAGUUCUUCCUGAAUAAAAUGUUUUAGCUUGUAGACGUUCAAAAGCAAAUAUUCGAAGGGUUAGAACUAAACGUUUGUGGGUUUGUGCACAAAUGUAUCUACAUGCUUUGUAAGAURAACUAUUGAACAGUUGGUGCUUAAAAGAACCUGAGAUUACAGCAGUUUUUUUUUCCUCAAAGUUGAAUUUUCUGUCAGUUCUUUGCACUAUUUGGGUCCAAAUCAUCUGAAGUGUGUUUUAUAGCCACAUCUUUUCUUAUAACUGAAGUUCYGCUAUAAAAGCYUGUUUUAACACCAUUUUUUCAGAAUGAAGUUUGCUGUUGCAACUUUUUUUUUUAAUUUCAGAUUUUAUUCAAACCUAAUGCACAGUUUUAUAGAAAUUGUUUAUAUAUAGUUGAACAAAAUAAACAUUUUUAAAAGUU